GCAUCGGGUGUGUGUACGCUGGACACCAAUGAUAUUCUGUAGGCACACAAAAGAAAAUAAUUUCAUAUUUGUCUGAUCGCACAACCAACGAUCUUUUUGUAAAGUUAUAAACAAUAAUAAUAUUUUAGUUCAUACCAUACGACUAAAAACACUAUUAUUAACUACUACCGACACCGAUUGAAGAAAGUCAAGCAUGAACUGGUUCCAACCGGUUCAGGAAACUCAAAAUUUUCCAUCACUCGAACUCAGAUUAUCGACUGAGACACAGGGUAAAUAGUAGUACUCCAGAACGAAGAGUUUCAUAUGAAGUCUUUUUAAUAGUUCAGGUUGCAAUUGAAGAUAGUUUUCAUCAGAUAGUGGAUCAGAAUUCAAUGCCUUCUCAAAGCAUGGCGACGCUUACAGAGCAGGCAUCUAGGCUGCUUGAUUUUAAUCAGAAGCUGGAUAUUUCCUUGUUGGAUGAUGUCGUCGGUAGGAUGUAUGGCGGUGAAGGUCCAGAACAACGCAUGGCGCAGGAGAUCCUCACUAGUUUAAAGGAACAUCCUGAUGCAUGGACCCGUGUUGACACAAUUUUAGAGUUCGCCAGCAAUCAAGAAACAAAAUAUUAUGGACUGCAGAUACUCGAGACUGUCAUUAAAGCAAGAUGGAAAGUACUGGAUCGAGCCCAGUGUGAAGGUAUUAAGAAGUACACUGUGGGCUUAAUUAUUAAGCUCUCGUCAGAUGCCAACAAUUUGGAGAAAGAAAAGGUGUAUCUUGGCAAGCUAAACAUGAUAUUGGUUCAGAUUGUAAAGCAGGAGUGGCCCAAAAACUGGCCAACAUUUAUCAGUGAUAUUGUCGGUGCUAGCAAGACAAAUGAAUCGCUUUGUCAGAAUAACAUGGUCAUCUUGAAGCUCCUUAGUGAGGAAGUUUUUGACUUCUCAAGUGGCCAAAUGACCCAGGCAAAGGCAAAACAUCUCAAAGACAGUAUGUGUAAUGAGUUUUCACAGGUCUUUCAGCUCUGUCAGUUAGUUUUGGACAAUUCCCAGAAUGCCCCACUGGUUGGAGCCACUCUGGAAACGCUGUUGAAGUUCCUGAACUGGAUUCCACUCGGUUACAUUUUCGAAACUAAACAGAUUAGUACUCUGAUCUAUAAGUUCUUGAAUGUCCCAAUGUUUCGCAACACGACACUGAAGUGUUUGACCGAGAUUGCCGGUAUCAAUGUUAGCCAGUACGAUGAGCAGUUUGUUGUUCUCUUUACGCUUACAAUGACCCAGUUAAAACAGAUGUUACCACUUGAUACCAACAUUCGAGAAGCAUAUGCGAAUGGAAGAGACGAUGAGCAAAAUUUCAUUCAGAACCUUGCUUUGUUCCUUUGCACUUUCUUUAAAGAACAUAUCCAGCUAAUUGAGAAGAAACAAGAGCUGUCAGAAAUUCUGCUUGAGGCACAUCACUAUCUGACAUUGAUAUCAGAAGUAGAGGAAACAGAGAUUUUCAAGAUUUGCUUAGAAAAUUGGAAUACACUUGCCUCAGAUUUGUAUCGAGAAAGUCCAUUUUCGUCAACCCCAUCAUCACCGAUAGUUUUGGCAAACACAUCCUCGACAGAUAUCCCACCCAGAAGGAAAAUGUAUUUGAGCGUGUUGUCCAAGGUUAGAAAAAUUAUGAUAUCCCGAAUGGCUAAGCCAGAGGAGGUUUUAGUUGUUGAAAACGAUCAAGGAGAGGUUGUGAGGGAAUUCAUGAAGGAUACAGAUUCCAUCAACAUGUACAAGAACAUGCGAGAAACCUUAGUGUAUUUGACUCAUUUGGAUUAUGCAGACACAGAACAAAUAAUGACAGAGAAACUACACCUGCAGGUCAAUGGACAGGAAUGGUCAUGGAAGAACUUAAAUACUUUAUGUUGGGCAAUAGGAUCUAUCAGUGGCGCGAUGCACGAGGAGGACGAAAAGCGAUUCCUGGUCACCGUCAUAAAAGACCUGCUAGGACUGUGCGAGCAGAAGCGUGGUAAAGACAACAAGGCCAUCAUUGCAUCAAACAUCAUGUACGUUGUUGGCCAAUAUCCAAGGUUUCUUAGAGCUCAUUGGAAGUUCUUAAAAACUGUUGUCAACAAGCUGUUUGAGUUCAUGCAUGAAACACAUGACGGCGUUCAGGAUAUGGCAUGCGACACAUUUAUUAAGAUAGCACAAAAAUGUAGGCGUCACUUUGUGCAGGUGCAAGUGGGCGAGGUAAUGCCGUUUAUUGAGGAGAUUCUCAACGGUAUCCAAUCCAUUAUCUGCGACUUGCAGCCACAACAGGUGCACACAUUUUAUGAAGCUGUUGGUUACAUGAUCAGUGCUCAGACUGACUCCAUGGUACAGGAACAUCUGAUUGAGAAGUAUAUGCUCUUACCCAAUCAGGUCUGGGAUAACAUUAUUCAAGAAGCAACUAAAAAAAUGGACAUUUUGCAAGAGCCAGAGACCGUCAAACAACUAGGAAGCAUUUUGAAAACCAAUGUUCGGGCAUGCAAAGCUGUAGGCCACUCUUUUGUUGUACAGCUUGGUCGUAUCUAUCUUGAUAUGUUGAACGUAUACAAAUGCAUGAGUGAGAAUAUCUCAGCAGCUAUUACUCAAAAUGGAGAGUCCGUCACCAAGGUACCGCUAAUCCGAGCUAUGAGGACCGUGAAAAAAGAGACGCUCAAACUCAUUUCUGGCUGGGUUAGCAGAUCAAAUGAUCCCAAAAUGGUGAUUGAGAAUUUUAUCCCACCGCUGCUGGAAGCUGUUCUUUCAGAUUACAAACGAAAUGUCCCAGCUGGUAGAGAACCAGAGGUGUUAAGUACUAUGUCAACGAUUGUAAACAAAUUAGAAAAUCAUAUCACGAAUCAGAUCCCCAAAAUAUUUGAUCAUGUUUUUGAGUGUACUGUUGAAAUGAUUAACAAAGACUUUGAGGAAUACCCUGAACACAGGACAAAUUUCUUCCUGCUCUUACAAGCAGUUAGCAAUCACUGCUUCGCAGCCCUCAUACAAAUACCAGCGGCGCAGUUUAAGCUUAUUCUCGACUCGAUCGUAUGGGCCAUGAAACAUACAAUGCGCAACGUAGCAGAUACUGGUCUUGCAAUACUCUAUGGACUGCUCCAGAAUAUUUGGCAAGAUGCCAGCGCUGCCCAGAACUUUUACCAGACUUACUACACAGACAUUCUGCAACAUGUAUUGUCUGUUGUUACGGAUACAUCUCACACAGCAGGUUUAACCAUGCAUGCAACGAUCCUGGCAUAUAUGUUCAACUUGGUGGAAAGGAAGAGGAUAGUAGUUAAUCUGGAUUCUAAUCAAGGUCAAACGGACAACGACGAGUUCAUCAAGGAGUACACAGGCAAGCUUCUCAAGAAUGCCUUCCCACAUCUUCAAGAGUUACAGAUCAAGUUGUUUGUAACAGGUCUCUUCAGUUUAAACCAAGAUAUCGCAGCCUUCAAGGAACAUCUGCGAGAUUUCUUAGUACAAAUAAAGGAAGUCGCAGGAGCUGAUCUCUCUGACCUAUUCAUCGAGGAACGCGAGUCCAUGCUCAGGCAAGCUGAAGAGGAGAAAAGGAAGGUUCAGCUAUCUGUUCCUGGUAUUAUCAACCCUCAUGACAUGCCAGAAGAAAUGCAAGACUAGAGCCCUCUGUAGUGAUCGAGGACCUGGAAGAAAUGCUAUGCUGUAAGCGGCUGAUGCAGAGGCAUAUCAGAGACGGUACAAAUACUGCGUGCGAUGCAAUACUGUAUCACAGAAUGAUACUGACAGUAAUAUGCACAGCUGUUGAAUGUUGUAGAAACGUACUAAACAUUAGAAUCAGCAUAGUCCGUGACAGAUGAAGAUCCCAGAUGGCCAACCGGUACAUCCCGCUUAAUUCACUGUCUUAGCAGAUAUAACUGGUACAUCACACAUGGAUAUUAACAUUCUUACCAUUGUAUCAGUCUGUUAUAUCACCUACAACCUGGUUUGAGAACAAACAUAGAGACCAGUUUCUCAUAAAGCCAGAUGAUUAAAUAAUAAUAAUCCGAGUGAUGAUAAUUUGAUCAUGUCCAUUGUUUUUCCCUUACUAUUUAUUACAUUUUAGUAAAUGGAUGUGUUUUACAUGGUUGUGUUAACAUUACUGUAUUCUUUUUUACUUUUGUUUGUGUUGUAAUAAUUGUACAUAUUGUAAUAUAGCCUGUACAUAAUCAUUUUUGCUUGUUAGCAAUGCGAUGAUUUUGAGUUAAUUGAAACAGAAAAGCUAUUUUGCAUUUGUAAUUUACAUGGAGCAAUUUAUCAGUUGAAGAAUGAACAAGUGAACAGUUUGGUUUGUCAUGUGUUGAUAGUAGGGAAAUAUUAAAUUGUUAUUGCGAUGUUCAGUAUGAGAUAGUACAGUACAGUUUUUGCAUGCUUUUAAAAAAAAAAAAGACUUAAAAUGUAUGUAUGAAAGUCUAAUACUGUACUGUUUCCACAAUGUGAUAAGAGAAUGAGGUCGUAUGUUUGUAUUUUGCAUGUAAUGACUAUAUUCAUAUAAAAUUUGAUUAUUGUACAUCCUUUGUUAGCCGAUAUGUUUGUUGUAAGAAGUAAUGGGAGAGUAUAGAUUGUAUGAAAUUAUUGGUUUGACAUAAGGUGAGUAGUGAAUGUAUAUUAUAGUAUUAAGAAGAUUUAUAAUUAUUGUUUCCUUGCUUUGUGGUCUUGUUGGUGUUAAUAAGAUUGGAAAGCAAUGUAAAGUGCAUUAUUUGAGUAACAGAUACCAAAGUAAAGUGAUUAAAAAAACAUCUCAAAAUUUAGAUGGCUAUGAUGUUUGUGGCUUUGAAAUGUGUGUAAGCAUCUGUUUCUUGCCGAUUCCUAAUUCCCAUUCUGAGUCAUUAAAGCUUUUAUAUUUGAUUAAGUUAAGUUUUUCAUUUCAUUGGUUCUAGUGUAAUCAUAAGUAUAGAUUAUAUUCCAAGUAGUUAAGUAAGUCUAUGUUCAUGGUUUGCCAGGUGAGUUUGGACAAUUAGGUCACAUAUAAAAAGAAAUCUGGUUCUCAUUCCCGCCUACAUGAUUUUUUUUUAGGCCGUCUUUUUUCUUUCAUCGACAACACACUUAGAACACUUGCAGAAAUGCUGUUGUCCACAUAAGCAGUACAGAAUGUGUGCCUAGUAUGUGUCCAUCUUGUGGUCAUCUUUGUGAAUGAAAUAAAGAAUGCUUUGUACUUAUUUUUACCGCGCCCUCUUUUGUCUUUUAAAACAACAGAUGAGAAACAUGAUAUUUAGCCUUGAUUUAUUAGUGUAUGCGAAAAUAUGGGAUUUCCUUAUGCAGUGUCAUAUAAUAAUAGGACGAUAAAGCACAACUAAACAUGAUAUUAUGUGCUUGAACAUCCAGAGAAAUGGAUUUAUAAAAGACCAAACCAGAAAAGAUCAUAACCAAGUGUAAAAGGAAAAUAUUAAGCGUGCUAACUUUUUUUUUCUUUAAUGAUUUAUUGCCGCUGUUAAAUUCUGUGCAAACUAUCAAAUUUUCUUUGACAAAAACAGUUGUCUGACCAUAUAUAGUCACAAUGUGCCUAUAUAUGGCCAUGAUGUGAUGUCAUCAUGACCAUAAUUCGGCAUGCAACAUGAUUUUGUCGAAUACAGUUUGAUAGUCAGCAGAGGACUUUACAAACUUUAAAAAUAACAUUCAAUAUUUUCUUUGUAUAUUUCAUACAACUUACAGGUACAUGAAUAUCUAUAACCUACAGUAUAUAAUCUCUGCACACAGCCUUAAAUUUGCUAGUAAUACAUUUUUGUAGCCUGUAAAUAAAUAAAACUGAGUUGGCUGUCUGUCAUAUAGGAAGUUAAAAACUUAUUUAAUCUUAAAAUGAGCUACAGUAUUCCAUAUUUUAGUUAAGUCUUGAGUUUUUAAUGAUUUUUGAAGAGGUUUUUUUUUUCAGAUUUCACACACAUAUUGUAUCUUAAAUAAUGGUAAAUAUCAAUCAAAUAUCAGCAGUAAUUAUUAUUCAUUUUGUCAUUAUAAUCAUAUUACUGUUAUGUUAACUAUUACUGGUUAAAAGGGAAAAGAAAAACAUUUGCAUAUUUGUACAGUACUUCAAUUCUAGCAGAAGAGAAUAAGAUUUUUUUAUUAGGUUAACCAUGAAAGCUACUUUUGGUAAACUAGGUUACUUAUCUUAGUUAACAUAGAUAUUUUAAGUAACCUAUGCUACUGUUAAAUAACCAGGUGGUAACCAGGUCAGAAAUGCUCCAGGGUGAUUAAAGAAAUUUGUUGGUGGUUAUAUCAGCAUCAACUUUGUACAUCAAUGUAUGAGUAUGCAUACGAUAAAUCUUGUUAACUAUCAAAUUUAAUUUGACAAAAUACAUGCGAAAUGCCUAAAUAUAGUCAUGAUGAAAUCGUAUCAUGACCAUAUAUAGACACAUCAUGAAUAUAUUCAGAUGAUCGCUAUCAAUUUUAUCUGUGCCAUUAAAUUUUGUAUUUCCAUGGAUUCUUGUGCUGCAAGUUAAUUGUGCUGUACUUCUGUCAAAAGUUUAGAUAUAAACAUAAAUAAUUUGUUUAUACUAUAAUGUUAAAUAAUGUUGUUUGUCUUUCGAUAUUUUGUAUUGAUUUUUUCCGGACUCCCAAAAACCUGUAACUGUUGUAUAGUUAAGAAUAACAGCAUUAAGGAGUUGUUCACCAUUAUCAACAUUACUCUUUCUCUCCCCUCUGAAAGCUCUGUACAUGGAAAAAGUUGAUUUCGCCAAAACCAUUCUCCAUUUUUUGUGAUGUUAACUAAACUACUCUACUGUACUUGGUUGCAUAAUGUCUGUUAUAUCCAUGGUUGCAUUAUAAUUUGUCAUAAAAUUUUAAAAAUUUGAAUAUUGCACCUUAUUUUGAAUAAUUUUCAUGCAUAUGUAAAAGUGUACAAAUUUGUAAACUCCCAUAGCAUAGUGUUAGUACACUUGUAAAAAUUUUGAUAAUUGUGAACGGCCAAUUAACAAUGCAACAUAUCAAACUCUUGUAGAAAAUAUUUUCUUAUUAUUUAUUAUAACUUUGUGCAUAGUUACUACAACUUUGGUAUGUACAUCAAGAUGUAUACCAUGGAUACACCAGCAAAUUUCCAAUAAUUAGCUAGUUAUACACCAGUUGUAGCAACAUCAACAAUAGUUUUUACUACUUUUUUUAUCCUUCUCCCUUCAGACUAUAGGUUUACUUAUGAAAUUGUAUGUGUAUGAUGCAAAUGUUUAAUUGUAAUAAAAGUUUGUGAUUGUAA